UCAGGUACAGCAGAGCAAGGUGUGAGUGUGAAAUCGUACGAGGAGGAGAAAGAAAAGGAGGUGUCUCUGUACGCGCACAGCUGAGCCUGUUCAACAUAUUGAGACGACGACGGAUUACGCGACAAAACACCUCGCUGCCUCAUCUUUCAACUCCUCUCCUAUUUUAUCAUUAUGUUUUUUUUUUUUCUUUUUUCUUUUUGUUAACGAACAGUUUCAACGCACGCAAAUUUAGAAGAAGCCAGAGCAGAGAAAAAUCUUGGAGCCUUCGAGGUCUCCUCCAUGUGUUGAUUCCGUAACUAAAUCGGGAGCUGAAGUUGUUUUCCCUGUUAAUCUAGUUUGGCGUUUGAUUUUUAUCGAAGAGCAAAUUUUGUUUUAGGUGAUCCGGUGAAAGGUAUAAUUUACAACAAGAACAUAGUAGUCACUUAACUUAUAAUAUUAUGAGUUGUAGCUGCUUUGGGGCCUUAAAAGUGAAGAGGGGAGAGAGCUCUGCUCAUCGUGAAAUAGUAGGGAGUUUGCCUGGGAAUAUUAAACAUUUCUCCUACAAUGAAUUAAGGUUGGCGACAGAUAAUUUCCAUCCAAGCAAUAAAUUAGGCCAAGGAGGUUUUGGAACUGUUUACAAGGGAAUCCUAAAACAUGGAAUAGAAGUUGCCGUGAAGACACUUUCUGCCCAUUCAAAGCAAGGACUACGUGAAUUUUUGACCGAGAUUAAUACCAUAUCAAAUGUCAGGCAUCCAAACCUGGUUGAGUUGGUAGGCUACUGUGUUGAAGGAUCUCAUCGGAUUUUGGUCUAUGAAUACUUACAAAAUAACAGCCUUGAUCAUGCAUUAUUAGGUUCAAAGAGUCCAAAGAUCAAUCUGAAUUGGGAACAAAGAUCUGCUAUUUGCCUGGGCACCGCUAGGGGUCUUGUAUUUCUUCAUGAAGAUCUUGUACCACAUAUUGUGCAUAGAGAUAUUAAAGCUAGUAAUAUACUUCUGGACAAAGAAUUUAACCCAAAAAUUGGAGACUUUGGGCUGGCUAAACUUUUCCCAGAUGACAUCACUCACAUUAGCACGAGAAUUGCUGGAACAACUGGGUAUUUGGCACCAGAAUAUGCCUUGGGUGGUCAUUUGACCAUGAAAGCCGAUGUUUACAGUUUUGGAGUCCUUAUACUAGAAAUAAUUAGCAGCAGAAGCAGUGCUAAGGCAAACUGGGGAGGAACAGAGAAAUUUCUCUUGGAAUGGGCAUGGCAACUGUAUGGAGAAGAGAGACUCUUGGAGAUCGUGGAUCCGGAAAUGCAAGGAUUCCCCGAGGAAGAAGUGAUUAGAUACAUUAAGGUAGCCUUUUUCUGCACCCAAGCAGCAGCGAGCCGAAGGCCAUUGAUGAGCCAGGUUGUUGACAUGCUCUCGAGGAACAUCCGACUCAAUGAGAAGGAACUUACUGCCCCAGGUCAUUUCACGGGGUCAGGGGAGGCAUCUUCCUCCAAGAAAGGGUCAUCCUCCGACUAUACCAGCAAUCAGAUGAGCUCUGUCCCCGUCACAAUUACUGAAGUUACCCCUAGAUGAUUGAAUAAUUCCAUUCCUAGGUCAACAGUGAAUACGACUCAGCAAAAAUGCAGUUAGAGCUUGUUUUAGAUACAUUUUUUUUUAUAAGUAAACAAAUUUUGUUAAUCAAUAAUAGGCAUAGCCAGGUACAAUACAAAAGUAUGCCUUAACUAUGUAGGCGCAAUAGAGACAAGAAAAUCAUGUAGAUCUAGGCUAUUAAAAUCAACAACAAUGGCCCAAGUACAUAGUGUUAUAAUAAAUAAAGCUUUUAGUUCCUCCAGUGAUCUUUCCUUGU